CGCGUGGGGGAGGGCGCGAGGCCGCGGCCGCUUCCCUGGGCCCCGGGGUGCGGCCGCCCCGCUCCCUCAGGGGACCCUUCGACGACGCCCCCGCCGCCCCCUCAUGGAGCCCCCCGGACUCUUCCCGGUGAAGCUCUACGUCUACGACCUGUCCAAGGGCUUGGCCCGGAGGCUCAGCCCCAUCAUGUUGGGGAAACAACUGGAAGGCAUCUGGCACACCUCCAUAGUCGUUCACAAGGAUGAGUUCUUCUUCGGAAGCAGCGGCAUCUCCAGCUGCCCCCCUGGCGGGACGCUGCUCGGCCCCCCAGACUCCGUGGUCGACGUGGGGAGCACCGAAGUCACAGAGGAAAUCUUCCUGGAGUAUUUGUCUUCCUUGGGGGAGUCGCUGUUCCGGGGUGAGGCCUAUAACCUCUUUGAACACAACUGUAACACCUUCAGCAAUGAAGUGGCACAGUUCCUGACUGGGAGGAAGAUCCCCUCCUACAUAACAGACCUUCCUUCUGAAGUCCUUUCCACGCCCUUCGGACAGGCGUUGCGGCCCCUGCUGGACUCCAUCCAGAUCCAGCCCUCCGGCGGCACCACCUUUGGCAGGCACAAUGGCCAGAGCUAACAGGACCGGAAGGGAGUGCCCCACCUCGCCAGGGCUUUUCCUUUUUAAACAAAACAAACCCUGCCAGAUUUCUAUUUUCUAAUUUUACAUCAGAGCUAACCACCGGGGACGGGGCUUUCGAAAUGGCCCGGGGAAAGGGCUCAUUAGGUUGCUUGUAGGACAAUUCUGCUGCUGCUGUGCUGCUGCUAAAAGAAAAACUGAAAAAAAGCCAUCCAUUCUAAUAGUAUUCUACUAAUUUAUUAAGGCUGUCUUGUCUGUGUGUUCACCCCUGACGUUGUUUACUGAAUGUUCCCCACAUCCACCCCUCACCCCCCUACUCUGGAGUGGGAGGAGGGGUUGACCCAGAAGGCGGGAAGCCCAGCGGGCCAAGCGCAGGUUUCAAGGGGGAGCGGAGAGAGAACCCCAGAUCGGCGCUCCUUAGCGGGAUUCUCCCUCGAGUUGGCCCCCGCCCCUCUCUCUCCCCAGGUGAAUUGCCAGGUGAAUUUUGUAAUGCCUCACAGCGUGGGAGCAAAGCCUACUCGGUAUUAAACAAACUCUAUAUCACGGUGACGGUGUAUUGACUGGGGGCCUAGGCACAGGGGGACUGUAUUCCCCCUUCCCCCCCACUUCCUGAGGAAGUCUGCUCUUAGAGGUGCUCGGUCCCGAACCGAUUCUGCCUCCCCGCAACCCCGUGGUCAGUGGAGGGAGAGAUCCGGGAAGGGGGCCGACUCUUAAAGAGCUAGGACGGGCGAAAGCCAGCGGCAGGCCAACAGAAACGCCAGGAAGCUGGCCUUUCCCCUGCUUGGACCCUCCGGAUUCGAGAAACCUGCCCAUCGCCUCCCUUGGCCUGCCCGGCCCCGUUCGGACCGGUUCGAGGCAGGAGCUCUGGCCCCAGCCCAGCAGUUGCUCUGACCGUCCCGGUCCUACGAUAGGCUCCCUAGGUUGGUGACCCCGACAGAACACGGUAUUAGGUCGGGGGUCAACGGGGAAAUGGCAUUCCCCAGGACUUGUAAGUCCCUCAUAAAGAAUAAGGAACAAAGAAUUCAGAAGCAGACAGGGAAGGGAAAUCCAAACUGGGGCACUGGCAGUAUUUUAAAUAGUCCCCGCUGAGUCUGAGUUUGUAUGCGAGUGUGUGAGAGGCACUCGGGAUUCUAGGUUGAAACCCUCACUGGGAGGCAGAAAGAGAAGCUAAGGAAAUGCUCUGGUGAUUUUUAGGCAGAGUUAGGAAUAACGAUCAUUUUUCCCCUCUUCAGAGGCUUCGAGAUUUUCUUUCUUUGGCUCCAUUGGAGUCUCUGGAGGGGUCACUCCCACCUAAUGGGAAUGUGAAAGUUGAACCUAACAGCUCUAGAUAAUAGGAAAUUCCCUCCAUAGCCCCUGCUGUUCCUGACAAGGCUGGACAUGGGGAGCCCUGCUCCCACCGCCCUCUCAGAAUUUGAACAUGUAGCUCCUGACCGAGGGGUUUGAGAGGUAACAACAGACACGUUCCCUGCCCACAACGAGCUUACAGUCUAGAGGGAACUCCGGCGGCGAGUUCAGCGUCAUCAAUGGGGAGAGGAAGCUGGAAAUCAUUAUAGAGCCCGCCCGCCUCGGGGGUCCUCAGCGAGAGUCUUUACUGCAACGGUCAGGAGCUCACAAGAACGGUUUGGGACUCUAGUCGAUGGGAGUGGCUUAAUUUUUUCCAGCAAUCCCCCCCACGUGCCAAAAUCCCGGGCAAGGGCAAUCCUAGCAAGCGGGAACAGACUGAAUCUUCUGCUCAUGGGCCAAAAGAACCGUGAGAGCAGCGAUUUUCAGGGUCUAGGUCUUUCCUCAGCAUAGCAGCAACUUCCCCGAGGCCCUGCGGAUCCCACACGGCUGGCCGCCGAAGGGAGCCCUCUGGACCCUGUCCGGCCCGAUUUGCUUGUAUCUACCCCGGCGCUCGGUACAGUGUCUGGCACAUAGUAAGCGCUUAACAAAUACCACAAUUAUUAGUUUGUCACAGCGAGGUGGGGAAAAGUCUCAUAGCCCUGUCCAACUCCCAGAGUCCUUCAGGUCUGCGUGGGUCCUUCAGGUGGCUGGCGAGGAAGGACGCAUCCUGCUCCCUUCCCCCAUCACAGUGGGACCAGGCCUCCCCCGACCUUGCCCCUCCGACCCCCUGGUCGUCCAGGGGCAGCCCCAGGGAGCUAAAUCAUAGCGCAGCCGGGAGCGAAGGAACGUUUAGCUAGAGCCCCGGACCUCCUGGGCCUACGACGGUGAGCUCUGGGGGCAGGCGGCAGGCAGUCAGCCCGGAGCGAGUUGUGAAUUCAGGAAUGGAGUGUCAGUGGGCUCUCUCUAGAAACGGAAGCUCUUCCCUACUGGCACAAGCCCCCCCGCCCCUUUCAAGUCUGCCCUGGCUCUGGCAGCCGCGUACGACGACAGAUCCGUGUCAGCCCCGAGCUCCCGUGGAUGUACCCAGCGCUCCGGCCGGCAAAGAGCGUGACUGUGUAUAGGACCGGGGUGAAAAACCGAUCGUGUCUGGAAAGGUAGAGCACGGAGGAAGCCCCUCCAGAGAGUGAUUGAUGGAGAAAAGCACUGGGGGAGAGGAAUGGAGAGGCUGGCAAUCCCUCCCCUUUCCCCCACACACUGAAUUAGAUUGUUUCUGUGAGGGAGCUCUAAGAAAGCACACUGUUUGCUGGCUUAUUUGGUGUUUUUUCUAUUGCAAUAAACUCAAUUCCACCCACUGUA